AUGAGCAAAUUGUAUUGUAACCAGUCUUCGAAAUUUUUGCCCAUAUUCGCCGAACUUGAAGAUCUUCGCUCGACUUGUAUCGCCAACUGUGUCUUUAACAUUUUUCUUACUUACACCGCCUUCAUGUUGAAUAUUGUGACAAUCUACGCCAUCCACAAAACUUCAACAGUGCCAAAAACUUUGAAAACUCUGCUGCUAAGUCUUGCCUGCUCGGAUGUUGCUGUUGGUUUAUUUAGUCAACCAUUAUACACUUUCUUCCUUAUCAACUGGCUUCGACUAGACAAUCCUGGCUGUAUCCCUAAACAAGUGGGGACGAUUUUAGGUAGUUUAUUUUCAGCUGCCUCGUUCCUCGGUGUUGUGGCUGUAAGUGUAGAUAGGUUCUUAGCUGUUCAUCUUCAUCUCAGAUACCAGGAGUUCGUGUCUCGCAGGCGUGUUGUUGUGGUGGUGGUCAGCAUGUGGGUGUAUAGUGCAUUUGUUUCUUUGGUUACAUUGUGGGGGCUUCUUAGUGCUUGGGAUCUUAUAAAUAUAAUUACUGUUGCUUUCGGUUUUAUCAUCACACUCGUGGUGUACAUCAGGAUAUAUCAAACUGUACGACGGCACAAGAAUCACAUUCAGUCCAUGCAAAUACGAGACGAAGCUCAGUCUGAGGAGAUAAAAAACUUAACUGCUCUAAUUAAAUACACAGUUGGAAUAUUUCACGUAUAUCUCGUGUUUUUAGUUUGUUAUUUGCCCCUUUUCAUUUGCAUGGCUGUCAUUCAAUUUUAUGGCUCGAGUAUCGUUUUAAAGAAACUUUUUCUUUUCUUAUUGACUCUCGUGUUCCUGAAUUCAUCUUUGAACCCUGUCAUUUACUGCUGGAAGAUUAAACACAUUCGACACGCCAUCAUAGACAUAUUACGAAAGAUGUCUUGGAUCAGCAAU